AUUUGAGGGGAAUGGUAUUCUACUUUAGCACAGUUGUGGACGGGAGGGAGUAUGUGGUUUAUAUGGGGCGAGAUAAAAUGGAAAACGAGGAUCUACUUAGGUGGGGUUGGCCGGAAGAUGUAUGGUUCCAUGUUGAUAAACUCUCCUCUGCUCACGUUUACCUAAGACUCAACAAGGGCGAGGGUGUAGAUGCCAUUCCUAAAGAAUUAGUAGAUCAAUGUUGUCAACUUGUAAAAGCCAACAGCAUCCAAGGAUGCAAGAUGGCAGCUGUUGAUGUUGUCUACACUCCCUAUCCAAAUCUUAAGAAAACUGGUGAUAUGGUAGCCGGACAGGUUGGCUUCCAUAAAAACAAGAGGGUUGUCAAAGUGAACGUGGAGAAGAACAACGAGGUGUGGAAGAAACUAGAGAAGACGAGAGAAGAACGGGAUGUGGAUCUAAAAUUAGAGCGAGAAGGAAGAGAUAGAGAGGACCAAGAAGAACUGAAGAAAAGGAAGAAGGUGCAGAGAGAAAUGGAGAAGGUACAAAUCGAAAAAGAUCGAAAAGAACGAGAAAUGAAAUCUUACAAACUAAUGGAUGCUAAUCCGGACCUAUGUACGUCCAAUCAAUUCGAUAACGAAUCGGAUGCCGAGCGCGAGCUUGUUGAUGACUUUAUGUAAAUUGUAAUAUCUUGGAUUAUUAUUGGGGUGUAUGUCCUUACAAAGCUGGUUUAUUACUUUUGCAAACCCUCAUGUUGGUUUGGUUGUUUGGUCCACUACUUAAAUAAUGAAAUGAAAGAUGUGUACAAAUUGGUGUUUAUUUGACAUUUUUAA